AUGUUGUCAUCCACGAGAAGCGGCCCUCCCGAGUCACCUUUGCACGUAUCCUUGCCGUUGCCUGUUCCGGCGCAUAGCAUGCCCUCCGUGACACGGCCGACGUAUUUCUUAAACUUGCCACACUCUGCGUUCGAGAUGACAGGAAGCGUCAGCUGCUUCAGGAUAGGACUUAUGAAAUCACUGGCCUCGGUCUCACCCCACCCUAGAACAGUACCCAUCGUGCCGACCUUGUUGUCGGAUCCGUCAGCGGCACACAGCUUCGCCGUCUUGCGCUUAAUUGGCGUUUUCAGUUUAAGCAGGGCCACAUCGUAUAAGUGCUCCUUCUUCUUGUACAAAGGGUGA